AUAAGAAAUGAGCGAGCGGAAAAGAGUCAGCAGGUCAUAUUCACCAUUCAGUCAAGUCAAUAACUCCUUGGCGAAGCAGCAGUACUCCUUCUCGAAGGGAGCUAGAUUUCCAAAAGUCAAAAGCCCUGUUUGAAAGAACGACUACCAAGUCAGGUCUAGUUUUGAAACCAAGAAAAAGAGCAUAUCUGGCUUUGGAAUUGGCCAAAGAUUUGAUAGAGUUAAAAAAUUAGGACCAGAUCCAGGGGAAUAUGACUCCAAGAAUACUUUCAAUAGCAGAUCAUCCUCCUUACCCUCUUACUCCUUCGGAGGUUCUUCAAAGAUUUAUAAGAAGGCUGUAGUACAUAAUAUGGUGGAAGCCCCUGAUAAUGACAUCCCUGGUCCAGGAAGUUACGCUCCCAAAGGAAUGCUUGGCAAAGAAGGGUGGAAAAUUACAAUGGGCAUCGGGAAUAAAUAAACCAGUUGACCAUGAUCAUCAUUCCAAGAGAUUCGUACCAGGACCUGGCCAUUACAGAACAAAGGAUGAGAUCAGCCCUAACGGAAUUUAUCAUACUUCUCAAUUCAAAAAUAUCAAGUCAUUGCCUUAUUUGGGAACUGGGAGACGAUUCAAAGAUAGCUCAAAUGACGUCCCACCUCCUGGGAAAUACGAUCCUAAACAGAACUAUUUCAUCAAGAGUAACAAGCCAAUCAAUAGACUUUAUGGUUUCGGAAAAGAUUCCAGAAAAUCUAUGGAAAUCAAAGGGAUCCUAUCAAACCCCGGCCCUGGGUCCUAUAAUCUGCCUGGAGCAUUCGCAUACGAAGAAAGUUCGAACCAGAAGGCUAAAUCUAGGAACUUUGAGCCGAUUCCAGUUGCCCUGACCCAGAGAGGCAAAAGAACACAUGGUACAAAUGACUAAAUUCUCAUGCUCUCUAAAUCAAAAUACAAAAUUUCAAGUA